AUGACCGUGAAUGCCUUCGUCAGGACUGACGACCAUGCCAAAACAAGUGCCUCUCCACUUCAUACUGAUGUCAGGACAAAAGAAAACAACUACAAAAAAGUGCUCAAGCAGCUACUCAAGAUCCUCCCCUCAGCCCCAGCCGUUCAACAAGUGACAUUAGAUUUUGAGAGAGCAGUAUGGGCCACUUUAAGAGACGUCAUCCCCCAUGCAAGGCUGCACAGUUGUGUAUUCCACUGGACCCAAUCCCUGUGGAGAAAGGUUAGUGAAUAAUAAAAGUAGGAAAAACUUGGUCAUAAUAGGGACAUAAUUGUUUGGGGGAGAUAUGAAAUGCUUUAAAAAAGUUUUACAAAACUGUCCUUCAAGGCAAUAAGUUUAUUGGAGAUUAGAACUCCCUAAAAAUGGAAUCAGUAGCCAAAUCUUUUAUCCGUACUACAGGUGCAGGAACUCGGCCUUCAAUCAUCGUAUACCCAUGACCGUGGUACGCACUCACUCGUUAAAAAGAUGAUGGCGCUACCUUUCCUGCCUGAAGAAGAGAUAGAGCCCAUUUUUCAACGGCUUUAA